UGCUGUCAGUCGCUGAGUGCAAAAUUAACUGAACUUUGCAUUUUCCACACUAAAAGCGAAUUUCCAACGAUACCCUCCUUGAUCCGAUAUAAUAACAGACUUUUUUUUUUUCCCGGAGAAACUAGCUGAACCUUUUAACGGAUAACAGUUACAAACUGCAACGGGCAUUUAUACUUCAAUUUUCAAUCUUCAAUCAAAAUCAAAAAUAGGAUCAGGGUUAGGGUUAGCGAAAGAGGGGAAACCAGAAAAUGGAAGGCUGGGACCCGAACACAAAGUCGACGUUGACUCAGAUCCCGCUACUGACGACGAAGGCGGGCCCCAGAGAUGGAGCGGCAUGGACUCAGAGGCUGAAAGAGGAGUACAGGGCUCUGAUCGCCUACACGCAGAUGAACAAGUCCAACGACAAUGAUUGGUUCCGAAUAUCCGCUGCCAAUUCCGAAGGGACUCGUUGGACCGGCAAGUGUUGGUACGUCCAUAACCUCCUCAAGCACGAGUUCGAUCUCCAGUUUGAUAUCCCCGUUACUUAUCCGGCCACUGCUCCCGAGCUCGAGUUGCCGGAACUCGAUGGCAAGACUCAGAAGAUGUAUAGAGGAGGGAAGAUUUGUUUGACCGUGCAUUUCAAGCCACUUUGGGCAAAAAAUUGUCCUAGGUUUGGUAUAGCACAUGCACUUUGUUUGGGUCUUGCUCCAUGGCUUGCUGCAGAGAUUCCCAUUCUUGUCGAUUCUGGUAUGAUCAAGCACAAGGAUGACGCAGCCUCAUCUAAUGAGUCUUAGCAUUUCUGAUGUUAAAGGUGUACCUUGAGUUUCAGAAAUAAACUCUCAGGCAUAAUUAUACAUUUUUACCGAGUGGCUCUUGAUAGUGUCUAAUCUAUCUGUUAUGAUCAGAUAGAUAAUGUUGAAACUUCUUAUUACUUUUGGAAUGCAAAUAGGAUCUAAUAUUAUUAUCA